CGGAAUGGGACAAACAAGCAUGUGCCAAUGCCAGGGUACCCAACGUUGAAAGCCUACUUCGAAUAAUUGACACAAUACCAAUUUCGACCGACCCAGACCUGCCGCGCUGCACGGAAGCAUUGGAGGGGAUGUACCCACAGAAGGUGCAGGUUGGAGAUACCGAGGCUGAACCUACCCACACUUUUAGCUUGCUUUCUUAUGUUCUUGACGAGAAAGCAUUUUGGCACCGACCGCUGAGUCCACGAGAGCCAGAUUUAUUAACCUGCAGGGAGCUCAAUCUGUUUGAAGAAUGGAAGGUCUCUACCAAGGUUGAUGGUAGUGAAGGUCCAACCAGCAGUGACCCUAUCAGGACGACAGAGGACAUCACUAAUAGAAACAAAAGGACGACAUGCAUGUCCUUAAACGAGACGGCUGACAACUGCGUUGCUUUGAAAAAAAGGGCAAGGAUGUUUCAGAACACAGAUGAGCUGUCGAGCAACAUUCAUCAUGAGAUGCCACACACUUUAGGAACUGUAAGCGCAUCAUCACACGAGAAAGAUCAGUCAUCAAGCGACGCUAAUCUUGGUCAGAUCCAACAAACACCGGUCCAUGGCACCUCUUCAGCUACCAACAAAGACUUCCCAUGGGACGACCCUGAUAUGGUAGCGCAGUUGAUCGAGUCUACCGAUAGGAUUGAGGAAGAGUGGUUUUCACAACAAAGACAAACUCAGUAUACCACAUCAGUUACACAAGACAUCCACAUAUCAGAGAUCAAGCCCAAUGAGAUUUGUUGCAACUUCACCUCAAAUCCAGUCGAAAGUGCUGUUUUCAGCGACAUUGUGUCACGAAUACCACCCCAUUCAAGGCAAAAGAGCCCAAGAAUAGUACAAAUGGGCUCGACAUGGGUUGAACAUAGGGUUUUUGGCCUGAGCAUGCAAGUGUAUGGCCGGGUCAAUAAGUACUUGAUCAAUAUGUUGGGAAAAGCAGUAAUGGCCGAGCAAACCGAAAAGGAGAGGCUCAAUCUUCUCCCGCGAAGUUACUGGUCAAGAUACUAUGUUGAAUGCAACACUGCUAAAUUAUUCCAAAAUGCAUUUGAAACUCCAUUGGCGUUAUCUGUUCACCUGAGGGAGACAAUGAUAGGAUUCCAUCUUGACCGAAUUCACAUGGUGUUUUUACCUUUAAGCUCAUACAGUUUCUGGUACACGGUUGUUGCUAACUUUAGGAAGAAAUUGUUCGAAGUCCUCUGCCCAAACAACAGAAUCGACUUGAUUGCUCACGAAGCUCAGCUUGUAAUCAAGAAUUUCAAAGCGGCUUUCAAGCUGGCAUACAAGAGAUCACAACUAAAUGUGACUGACAUGGGUGUGUCUUUCCGGAGUGUGUGCUCUUUAACUAAAGAGGCAGAUUGUGGGAUCUUCACAAUGAAGUUGGUACAAGGACAUGAUGGAGACAACACUUUGUGUUUCUAACCCGAGCAUGCAAAGAGCCUGCGCGAGAGUCUAACUUACUACAUGGUUGCUCACCCUUGCAAUGAAAAACUGAUGCCAGAAACCAAAGAAAUCUUAAGAAAAUAUGGUGUUCCAUUUGACUACUCGACUCCAGGGUAUUCUCCAUGGGGUCCUGUUGCAGAACAAUGUUAACUACAUCUGGCUGGAAAAGAUCAUCCCAACAGGACUAAAUCACGACCCUAAGCUCCCGGAGGAUCACCCAAGGAUGGCAAAAAUGCCGUACACAUGAGAAUGACUCAUCGAUAAGAGGAUUAUUUUUGGCGAAAUACUGUUUUUAUUUUAAUUUUUUUUGCUUUUUAGUAUAGAAAACACAUACAUUCUUAUAUAUCCUUUUUUUGAUAGUGAUGACAUUUUUGUCCAACGCAAGUUCUUGAUCUUUUUGUUCAGAUACAAAUUAAUUGGCAACACCGUCCUGUGGGUCCUUGAGCGGAUCCCA